UACAAACAUAUUUUUUUGAAAAAAAAAACUAUAGAGCCUAUAAAAUCCCUGUCAACCCUUCAAAUUCUGCUUCAUUCUCUUCCCUUAAUCAGCUACAGUAGCUCAUCUGUUAAAUCUCUCCCAUUCAAGAUACGAUGGUUACAAAUUUUCAGAGCUUAUUAAUAAACAAAUCUUCCUCCUCCUCCUCUUCGAACGAAGAAGAGACGAAGUUCGGUUCAGAGCUAAGAAAGGGGCCAUGGACGCUCGAGGAAGACACCCUUCUCAUCAAUUACAUAGCUGAGCAUGGCGAAGGCCGCUGGAAUGUUUCUGCCAAAUGUGCCGGGUUAAGAAGGACAGGGAAGAGUUGCAGGCUGAGAUGGCUUAAUUACCUGAAGCCAGACAUUAAGCGCGGAAACCUUACUCCCCAGGAGCAGAUCUUAAUCCUUGAGCUUCAUUCUAAAUGGGGGAACAGGUGGUCAAAAAUAGCGCAGCAUAUGCCAGGAAGAACAGACAAUGAGAUAAAAAAUUACUGGAGAACAAGAGUCCAGAAACAAGCUAGGCAGCUCAAGAUUGACUCAAACAGCAAGAAGUUCAUUGAAGCUGUUAAAAAGUAUUGGAUGCCCAGAUUGGUUGAGAAGAUAGAACAGCAGCAGAACACUUCUUCUUCUUUGAAGACUUUGAUGUCCCCCUCCUCCACCACUUCCUCCUUAUUCUCUUCUUCUUCGUCAUCCACUCAACCUAUCACCACAGAAAUGCCCAACUCACUUGUUAUUACUUCCCCAUCAUCCCCCAAUCAGGAAACAUAUACUUGUACUCCUCCAGCAGUAAUAACCCAAGAAACCGGCAAAACAGACAACUGCAAUGAGGUAGAAGAUGACUGUUACCAUGUGCAAAUAAUGGAAAAUAAUUCUUGUUAUGAUGCUGAUGAGGCUUGCUUUGGCAACUACCCCGCCUCCAUGUCAGCAUUCGACUCGCGAGAUGUUUCCUUGCUGGGGUGCCAGAUGGGAUACGACGACUGGUUCGGUGAUGAGGUGGUAGAUUUCUUGUGGGGACAAUGAUGAUUAUGCUAGUACAUCCUCUCAUUGUUAGUUCAAUACCAAAAGUGAUGACGAAGAAUGACGACUCCAAAUUAAUUAACUAAUUAAUAGAAAAGCUAAGAAAGAGUUGCAUAAAUAUGUGGUUAUCCAAACACAACUCUGUUAAUAAUGUCCACUAGUGCAUGCAUAAGUGCAUCACAGUGGCUAUGGAUAUGCAAGUGUUACUAAUUAGCUUAUGUAGAGACUGGUAGUUUCCAACUAUUACCAAGACUUGACUUUUUGGUUGAUGAAAAAAAAUCAAAUGUACAUCAUGUAAGACAAACAAUGAAAUUAAAGUAUGUAUGCUGCAUACGGACAGUAACUAUGAUUGGCAUUUGUAUAUCUGCAAGUAUUAUUUUUAUGUACAAAUGUAAUUUGUUUUCUCCACACAUUUAGU